CAGUCAUGACUCCUCACCUGCUGGCUCUGCUCUUGGCCAACGCUGUGGUGACCCUCCUGGCAAACUCUCAUCCAGGGCCCACCCAGACUGAUGUCCUCCUGGUGUUUCCGGGGCAGACAGCCAGGCUGCUGUGUGCCCUGAAGCCGGACUUUGCCAUCGGCAACCAUGGGGUCUCCUGGUACCAGCAGCAUCCGGGCAGCGCCCCUCGGUUCCUGCUCUACUAUUACUCAGAGGAACAUCAGGACCGGCCGCCCGGGAUCCCUGCACGCUUCUCAGCCUCCAAGGACACGGCACAGAAUGCCUGCAUCCUGACCAUCUCCCCCGUGCAGCCAGAGGAUGAUGCCGACUAUUACUGCUCUGUGUCUUAUAGCUUCUAGAAGCCAUCCCACAGUCAGAGCCUCCACAGCCUGGCCCUCCAUGUUAGCCCUGGCCCCGGCCCUGCCUCGGGUACUCACCCAGCCCCAGGCCUUCCAUCCUUGCCCAUUGGCUCCUUCCCUGCUGCCUAGCCAGCAUCUAGGGCUCCCCCAGCCCUAAAGGACAUUCCCCAGGGCCAGCCUUGAAGCCAAUGCCCAGAUCUAUCUGCUUCCCUCUCCUCCUCUAAAAGGCUGGAGCUGCCUCCCCCACCCCCUUUUUCCAUC